AUGAGAUCAAAUCUUGGCACAAUUGGUAGUCCUAAUGCUGACAUAUUUUCAGAGGUACCUCGGAAUUUUAAGCUUUUGGACGAACUUGAACUUUCUGAAAAAGGUUUUGGAGAUGGAACAAUUAGUUGGGGACUUUGUGACAGUUCUGACACGACCCUGACCCACUGGAAUGGGAUCAUCAUGGGCCCUUUCAAGGUUUUUCCUACUUAUUGGACUCCCAAGUCUGCCUACGAGGACAACACGUACUCCCUGGCCAUCGAAUGUGGGUCUAAAUACCCUCAGAAACCGCCUCUGGUCAAAUUCCGUACAAAAAUCAAUUUGAAAUGUGUAAGGAUGGAGACGGGGGAAGUUAGAACUGAUUAUAUUAGUCAGAUGACAGUUUAUAAGGUAAAGAAAUCACUAAUUAAGAGGCGGAACCGCAGCCGAGAGGAGGAUCGAGGAACAGUUCCCCCUUAG